CGGCCUAAAUGCGUCACUUCCGGCUUCCGCCCAUCGACGCCAUUUCUGCGGCGGUGACUAGCGCUGAGGCCUGUGGUCAUGGCGCUGUUCCCUGCCUUUGCGGCCGCCAGCGAAGCUCCAGAGAACGGGAGCGCCGGGAAGGAAUUAGACUGGCUGAGAAACCCAAGCUUCUGUGUUGGAGCCAUCACUUCCUUGAGCCAACAAACGGAAGAGGCCACAACUCUUGUUUCUGAGCAGUUGAUACCAGCAAGAAUUUCCCUGAAAUCAGAGUCUUCAGGUGAAAGUGAUAGUAGCAAAAAGCUCAGACAAGCAAGCAGGAAAAAGAAGAAAGAGAAAAAGAAAAAAAGGAAGCAUCAGCACCACAAGAAAACCAGGAGACAUGAGCAGCCUAGUAGCAGUGACUCUAACUCAGAUACUGACUCUGAAAAGGGCAGAUCUUCCAGAGGCAUCAGAGACCAUAAGAAAGAAUCCGAGAAACCACAUCAGGAAAACAAUGCCACUGCUGACACUGGACGUCGGUUGGUUUGGCUUGAAGACAUUCAGGCUCUGACUGGAGACACCUUCAGAACAGACAAGAAACCGGAUCCUGCCAACUGGGAGUAUAAAUCUCUCUACCGAGGAGAUAUAGCAAGAUACAAGAGGAAAGGAGACUCCUGCCUUGGCAUUAACCCGAAGAAACAGUGUAUAUCUUGGGAAGGGACUUCUACACAGAAGAAGCACUCACACAAGCCUGUGGAACGCUAUUUCACAAAGAAGAAUGUGGGGUUAGUGAACAUGGAUGGCAUUGCCAUUAGCGGUCAGACGGAGCCUCCCUCCUCAGAGCCAGUCUCUUUCAUUCCACUGCCGAGCUCAGAGGAUGUGGCGCAUCCUGUCACAAGCUGGCUGAACCCUCUGGGUAUUUAUGAUCAGUCCACCACUCAGAGGCUACAAGGGCACGGUCCCUCAGAGCAAGAGGUGAAGCAGCAAGACGCUCAGCCCGACCGAGAGAGCGCACUUCUCAAGGCCAAGGUGGAAGAAUUUAACAGGAGGGUUCGGGAGACACCUCGGGACAUCCAGCUGUGGAUGGCGUUCGUUGCUUUCCAGGAUGAGGUCAUGAGAAGUCCUGGCUUAUAUGCCAUCGAGGAAGGAGAGCGGGAGAAGCGGAAGAGGUCGCUGAAGCUGACCCUGGAGAAGAAGCUGGCCAUUCUGGAGCGGGCCAUCGAGAGCAACCAGAGCAGCGUGGAACUGAAGCUGGCCAAGCUCAAGCUCUGCGCGGAGUUCUGGGAACCCUCUUCCCUGGUCAAAGAGUGGCAGAAGCUGAUAUUCUUACACCCCAACAACACAGCCCUCUGGCGGAGAUACCUUUUGUUUUGCCAGAGCCAGUUCAGCACCUUUACGGUGUCAAAGAUUCACAGCCUGUAUGGCAAAUGCCUGAGCACGCUGUCCGCCGUGCACGAUGGCAGCAUCUUAUCACACCCUGCCCUGCCCGGCACCGAGGAGGCCAUGUUUGCUCUCUUUCUUCAGCAGUGCCACUUCCUCCGGCAAGCUGGGCACACGGAGAAGACCAUCUCUUUGUUCCAGGCCAUGGUUGAUUUCACCUUCUUCAAGCCCGACAGUGUGAAAGACCUGCCCACCAAAGGACAGGUGGAGUUCUUUGAGCCCUUCUGGGACAGUGGAGAGCCUCGGGCUGGUGAGAAGGGCGCACGGGGCUGGCGGGCCUGGAUGCACCAGCAGGAACGUGGCGGAUGGGUGAUCAUCAGCCCAGAUGAGGAGGAGGAUGAGCCAGAAGAUGAUGACCAGGAAAUAAGAGAUAAGACGCUGCCCAGGUGGCAGAUCUGGCUUGCUGCGGAGCGGUCCCGAGACCAGAGGCACUGGCGGCCAUGGUGCCCGGAUAAGACCAAGAAGCAGACUGAGGAAGAUUGUGAGGAUCCAGAGAGGCAGGUGCUGUUUGAUGAUAUUGGGCAGUCUCUCAUCCGACUCUCCAGCCCUGAUCUACAGUUCCAGCUGAUCACGGCCUUCCUGCAGUUCCUGGGUGUGCCUUCUGGCGUCAGUCCCCCAGCCUCCUGUCUCUAUCUGGCCAUGGAUGAGAACAGUGUCUUUGAUCACGGACUUUGUGACGAAAAGCCAUUGACUUUUCUUGACCUUUCCUUCUCUGGCAUCAGUUGUGUUGGCCGCCUGGACCCGUGGGGCUGCCAGCGCUGGACCAGGGGCCACAAGCAGGAGGGCGAGGAGUUCAUUCGCAACCUCUUCCACCUGGUGAUGCCAUUGUUCUCUGGCAAGGAGAGGUCUCAGCUCUGCUUCUCCUGGCUGCUGUAUGAGACUGCAAAGGUCAUCUGGUGCCUGCAUACAAAAAACAAGAAGAGGUUAAAGUCACAAGGAAAGAACUGCAAAAAGCUAGCCAAGAAUCUCCUCAAGGAGAUGGAGAACCGCAACGACUUCUGUCUGUGGAGGCAGUAUGCCCACCUGGAAUGGCUGUUAGGCAAUAUGGAAGAGGCCAGGAAGGUGUUCGACACGGCCCUCAGCAUAGCAGGGGGCAGGGGGCUGCAGGACGCCGACCUCUGUGAGCUCAGCCUGCUCUAUGCUGAGCUGGAGGUGGAGCUGGAGCCGGACUUGAGGAGGGCCACCCCCGGCCGCGCCGUUCACAUCCUGACCAGGCUGGCUGAGAGCAGGCCCUACGAACCCUACAGUGGGCAGGUCUUGGCCGUCCACAUUCUCAAAGCCCGGAAGGCCUACGAGCGUGCGCUGCAGGACUGCUUGGGUGAGAGCUGUGUCUUGCACCGCCUGGUGAGCGUGGUCAGAUGCUUCUUGCUCUUCCAGUAUUUGACUGUCGGGAUCAAUGCUGCCACGCAGACCUACAAGCAGAUGUUUGCCAAGCUGAAGGAGGCUGCUUCCGUGGAUGGUGCUGGGCUGGAGGACAGCGCAGGCCCUCGGGCUCCCAGCCGGGUUCUCGAGGCGGUCACCCUGACACACACAAGCCUGCUCCGGCUACACAUGAAGGUCAGCGUGUACCCUCUGGCACCCCUGCGCCAGGCCCUCUCAGAGGCCUUAACGAUGUACCCCAGCAACCCGAUGCUCUGGAGGGCGUACGUACAGAUCCAGAAUAAGUCCCACAGUGCCAGCCAGACCAGAAGAUUCUUCAGUGCCAUCACCAGGUCUACCACAGCCUUGGAGCCUUGGUUGUUUGCAAUUGAAGCUGAGAAAAUGAGGAGAAGACUGGUGGAAACUAUUCAGAGGAUAGAUGGCAAAGAAGUCCAUAUCACAAUCCCGGAGACUGGCCUGACACAUCGCAUCAAAGGGCUCUUUGAAAAUGCAAUACGGAGCGACAGUGGCAGCCAGUGCCCCUUACUGUGGAGAAUGUACCUGAAUUUUCUGGUUUCCUUAGGAAAUAAAGAAAGAAGCAAAGGUGUAUUUUAUAAAGCACUUCAGAAUUGUCCCUGGGCAAAGGUGUUGUACCUGGAUGCUGUGGAGUACUUCCCUGACGAGAUGCAGGAGAUCCUGGACCUUAUGACCGAGAAAGAGCUCCGGGUGCGCCUGCCUGUGGAGGAGCUGGACCUUCUGCUGGAGGACUAGAGACCAGGAGGCACACUCAAGCUGGGAUGUGAGCCCGUGUUGAGACCUCCAUUCUGGUGGAAGUUUCUUGAUAUGAUUUGUGUCUGGUUACCAGUCUUACCGUACACAUUCUUUUGGAUGUGUAAAUGACACAAAAGCUAUUUCUUACAUAUUAUAUAUGUGUGUCUAUGUGCACUUAGAGAAUUGUACCAGUGCUAACUAAAGCUUUGUGACUGGUGCGAGUUGCUUCACUCUCCUGUCCACCAGUACCGUCUUGUCAUGGUGAAGGCACCCUCUCUGCUACUGUCAUCCUGCCCACCCUACCCCUUUGGAUCUCGCAGUUGGGAUAAAGUCUGAGAUGAGUUUGACUUUCAGCCUUAGGCUCCUCCCCUGUUGGUCAGCUUAACAGAUUUGGUGCCUGUUUUAGCCAAGAGCAAUGUGUG